AUGGAAAGACCUGAAAGGCGACAAGAAAGGGAUGUCAACGAACUGUUGGCAAAUGGAUUCUUCAGAACUUCUAGAGCGAGAAGUCCUUCGCCCUAUAGAAGAAGAAGAAGUCCGAGUCCUCCCCCGGAACACAAUUAUACAUCUUCUCUUUUAAGGACUUCCGAUCGUGAUGCUGGACGAGCAAGAAGUAUAAGUCGUGUACGGUAUAGAGGGCCACCCCCACCAAGACCAAUUGUGGAGGACGAGGCCGCUUCACUCGCACGAGAAUCUCCGCCGUCGUCCGUUUCCUCAUACGAUCCUCCUUAUCGUGGUGUCAUCGACCAAUAUCCUAUCAUACUUGAGUCCGAUGUCAGCGAGGUUGAGGCUGAGGGAUUACAUGCUGCGCCAAGACCAAAAGAGGUCAAGGACUUUGAUGACAACUCCGAACGCCGUUUUGUUUUUGGGCCAGGAACCGAUAUAAGCUCCGCCGAUAAAUCUACCAAUCAACCUACGGGCGAACGUAGGCAAUCAAGAGGCAAAUCAGAACAAGGCAAAUCUGGCGCAAAAAGGGACGAGGCCGAGAGAGACAGAACCAAUGACGAGCCUGUUUUAAAACUUCCGCCGUUGGAAAGAAAUAGAAGUAGGCACGAUUUGCCAAAUAUACAGACAAAAGUCCCACGAGAAAUUCCGUCUCAAUAUCGAAGGAGUGCCUCUGCAUACGGGUCUAGGGAUGACGACGAAACCCCAAAAGCUCAAGCUGCACCUCAUACUUCGGCUGGCGAAUAUUUUCUCUCCCCGGAUGCAGUACAUACACCUCGGGGUCAAUCUAAAGAGCCAUUCGGGGCCGUUGCGCAGCCCACACAUCGGCAUCGUCCAUUACAUGAAAGCUCGAGAAGACGUGGCAACUCCAUAAACGAGAAGAGAAAUAGCGAAAGCAAUUUCCCCAAUAAUCUGUCGCAGCCCGGAACACCCUUCGCAGAAAGAAUGUAUAGUGGUAACUUUGAUGUUCCCUCGAGAUCAAGGCGAAAUUCAAAUGACAGGACGACACAGCCACAAAUCACGCCCGAGGAUCUCAAUAAAUUUGAGAGACUUCGAUCCGGCCGAUCGGAGCGAGGAUCAGGAUCAGAACGUGCACGCUCUCCCAAAAGAUCGGCCACCUCCAACUUACAAUAUUAUAGCGGCAGUGAAGAUGAUCUUGCAGACAGUGGAUCUGAGCGAGGGUCUGGACGUAGACGGCACGAACACCGUAGGACUAAGGAGCUACGGCCGGAAGACGACUAUGAGCGCAGGGUAGACUCUCCAAGAUCUGAUAGAUCAGCGAAUCACUCAAAAUUCUCAUCCCCACUUCCUUCGCCAAAAAUAUCUCCUCACCAGCUACCGAAAACAGAGCCGUUCGAAAGAGCGGAUACGUUUCCUCAAGGUCGGAGACCUAGUUCGAGGCCUGUCUCACCUAUGUAUGGCUCACAAGAACUACCUCGUGCGGACAGACUCAAUCCUUUGAGCCCAGGUUUAGUUCCAAGACCAUCCUCUCGCCAGUCAAAUGUACCAGAGCCAAUACUGAUGCUACAGAUGCAACAAAUCCCGGUCCCUUUCCCUUAUAACGCACUCCCAAUACCAAUCCCAGCUAGAAUUGAUCUAGAGUCCCCGGGUGAGACCCGACGCAUCCCUGCUGUACCUCAAUAUGAGGAUGUCCGCACGUCCAGCCCGUAUCCAGCUCCUAACGACAAACCUUACUGGCAACCUCCCCCAUUUCAACCCCCUCCGUUCCCGUCAAAUAGCCAAGAGAAACCUGUUGGUAGCUAUCGUCGAUAUUCGGAAGAUGUAGAAAGGGGUGGUGUCACGCCACUUCCAUCAUGUCCGAGAAUGAAUCCCACGACUGGUCGCCAGGAUUGGUUGACAUUACCCCAAUGUCCAAAUUUCGAUAUUUGUCCAAGUUGUUUCAGUUCGAUCAUAGCCACAACAAUGUUUCGGAAUCAAUUUAUACCUGCUGCUCGCAGACCAGAUGUUCCAAUUAUAUGUGACUUCGGAAGCUCGCCCUGGUAUCGAAUAGCAUGGCUUCUAACAAUCAAAGAACGAAGAAAGGACCUCGGUCUCUUCUAUGGUCUCGCGAACGUAGGCGCAAGCGAGGAACCCUGCCUUGGAAAACGCGAAGCAUUCAACCGAUCUUGGAAUUCCAUCAUCGAUCCCAAGACAGGAUCAGCAAUAAAAAACUUCGAUGUUUGUCACUCAUGUGUUAAAUCAAUCGAAGUCCUCCUUCCCCCUAUCCGCGGUACUUUCGUCCGUACCGUCGAAACCGCAUAUUCCAUCUCCAUCCCCCGCAUAUGCGAUCUUCGCUCCGAAAGCAAACGCUUCGUCCAAUACUUUGACGCCCUGGAAACGACUGCGGAUGGUGCUGCCUACCACAACUCCUCUCCCGAUACCCGCGCUCUCGCCAAACUCGCCCGCAAAUUUUCCAUUUUACAAGAAUGUCAACAAGACAACGAACUUCCCGAACGUCGCUGGUACAUCAUCACCCAACUCCCAGACUUCACCGUCUGUGAAGAAUGUUUCGAUGACGUUGUCCUUCCAGAACUGGAAGAUCGGAAAUCAAUUCCAUUGAUGUUUAAUAAAACUCCACAGCUUAUAAAGAAAGCUAGCUGCCAAUUGUAUUCCACGAGAAUGAGGGCCGUUUUUCAAAAAGCUUGUAAUUCUAAUGAUUAUAUGUUACUAGCAACCAAAGCGAGGGAGAGAAAAAACGCAGAGUUGGCAUGGAAAGUUAAUGUGGCGGCGACGAAGAGGCAGAGUAGGGAAAAUAUGGUUUCGAACCCGGGGAUUGGGAGAGAAAUUCAGAGAUUGAAUGAUGAGUGGAGGAAUUGGGAAUGA